AUGAGCCUCUCAAAGACAUUCAGCGGGAUGCUACUGAGAACUCCCAAAAAUCUCUGCUUCAGAAGAACGUUUUCCGUAGUUAACGUUAUGAAGAAUCGUGAAACUACUCAUUUUGGAUCUAAUACUGUUCCUAAAGAAGAGAAGCAGAAGUUAGUUGGUGAUGUAUUUUCCGCUAUUGCAUCAAAAUACGAUCUAAUGAAUGAUGUUAUGUCUUUAGGUGUACAUAGAAUGUGGAAAUCACAUUUUAUCAGUAAAUUGGACGCCGGUAAGAGACCUAAUUCUACAGAGCCAUUGCAUUUCAUUGAUGUUGCCGGUGGGUCGGGAGAUAUUGCUUUUGGAUUACUAGACCAUGCAGAGCAGAAGUUCAAUGAUACUGAAUCUACAAUGCAUAUUGUGGAUAUUAAUCCCGACAUGUUAAAGGAGGGUGAAAAACGUGCCAUGGCACAAGGGAAGUACUACAACGACCCCAGAGUUACAUUCCUUGUUCAAAACGGUGAGACUCUAGAAGAUAUCCCAUCUAACUCUAAAGAUGUUUAUACGAUUUCUUUUGGUAUUAGAAAUUUUACUGAUAUUCAAGCCGGACUGAAUACUGCGUACAGAGUUUUAAAGCCGGGUGGAAUAUUCUUUUGCUUGGAGUUUUCGAAGAUCCACAACCCAGUUAUUAAUGCAGCAUAUCAACAAUGGUCUAAACUUUUGCCAAUUAUGGGGGUGUUAGUUGCUAAUGAGCAUGCUUCUUACCAGUACUUGGUCGAGUCUAUUCAGAGAUUCCCAGAACAAGAAGAAUUCAAAUCUAUGAUAGAGACAGCGGGAUUCAAAUCUGUAGGUUACGAGGAUUUGACAUUUGGUACUUGUGCAAUCCACUGGGGUAUCAAGGUGUAA